AUGGCUGUCACUGACUACUUCGAGAGAGAAAAUCGUCCGAUCCCAGAACCAGGUCCCAAUGAAGUCCUCCUGCGGAUGCAUUCCGUUGGGAUCUGCGGGUCUGACGUUCACUACUGGGAGCACGGUCGGAUUGGGGAUUUUGUUGUGAAGGCUCCCAUGGUGUUGGGACAUGAGGCUUCUGGGACUGUCGUCAAAGUGGGAGCAGGAGUAACUCAUCUGCAGCCAGGUGAUCGAGUGGCCAUUGAGCCAGGCGUCCCAAGAGAAACAGAUGAGUACUGCAAAGUUGGACGCUACAACCUCUCUCCAAGCAUCUUCUUCUGUGCAACACCUCCUGAUGAUGGGAACUUGUGCCGCUUCUACAAACACAGUGCCAGCUUCUGCUACAAGCUUCCAGAUAACGUCACCUUUGAAGAAGGGGCCCUUAUUGAGCCCCUUUCCGUGGGAAUCCAUGCCUGCCGAAGAGCUGGGGUCACUCUGGGGAGCAAAGUCUUCGUGUCUGGCUCUGGACCAAUUGGCCUUGUUAAUGUGCUUGUUGCUAAGAUGAUGGGGGCAGCAGUGGUGGUAGUUACAGAUUUAUCUGCCUCUCGCCUGCAGAAAGCCAAGGAGGUAGGGGCAGAUAACAUCAUUCAGGUAAAGAAGGAGACCCCACAGGAGGUGGCAUCCAAAGUAAAAAGUCUGCUUGGCUGCAUGCCUGACAUAACUGUGGAGUGUACAGGAGUAGAAGCCUGCGUCCAGGCUGGCAUUUACGCCACUCGUUCUGGCGGGACCUUGGUGCUGGUGGGACUGGGGCCUGACAUGAUGACCGUGCCCAUCGUGAACGCUGCCGUGCGGGAGGUGGAUAUCAGGGGAAUAUUCCGCUACUGCAACACGUGGCCCAUGGCAAUUGCUCUUCUGGCGUCCAAGCGCGUAAACGUCAAGCCCUUGGUUACACACCGCUUCCCCCUGGAAAAGGCUCUGGAAGCAUUUGAGACUACUAAGAGGGGUGAGGGAAUAAAAGUCAUGCUGAAGUGUGACCCCAACGACCAGAACCCCUGAGAUGCGGUGGUGCCCGGCCCUCUCCCCUGUUAACACUGCCUGUAUGUGACUUGAUGGAUGAGGCCGCGGGAGGCUGAUAUAUGGUUGUUGCAUGUUCUCAU